AUGAUGAACCAUCCUGAGCAACCACCGCCGCCACCAUCGCCGCUCAUCCGUAAACUUCACAUCCACUCCGUUGCAAACGGCGCCGGUCGAGAAAUCAGCCUCCAGAUCCAGACCUAUGGCGUCGACGGCGCUGACUGUGGCUUUUCUCAGCUUCUGUUCGGACCCGAGCCUGACACGUCCCCCGCCAAGAUAUCCCUCUUUGCCUCGCAAACACCAUCCGAGACUCAUCGCGUCCUCCUCAAGCUGAAGAGACCGGUCUGCUUUCAAUCUCACCACCACACUUUCCCACCAACCAGUAUCCGCCGUUGUUCACCUGGCACACGCCCGCAGCAGGAUCCUAUUUCCAUCAACCGCGGUACGGGUCUCCGUAUAGACUCGCUCACAUCCUCACCGGCAACCCGUGCGGGGGCCUGCACCCCCCGGAAGCUUGCUGAGCACGAGCAACAACAAGACUCUGCUCGCGUUUACGGCUGCAGGCGAAAGUCAAUUACCUUCGUCCGAAGUUUUGUAAGCAGCGUAAAGGUUGCAGGCAACACGCGGAAGGGGGGGGAAAAACAUCAGGAACAAGUGUGA